AAUUCACGCUUUUAUUUUGACAACAGGAAGCUGGCAACGCUCGACGAAUGUCUUAGCCAUAUAACCAUCAUUAGCUUAAGGCGGACAAUUUAAGUACUUGCAAUACAUUUAUAUCCUGAAUUCUGCGUUUGUGUCGUUCCACUUUAUAAACUAAGAUGAUAUUUGCUUCUUUCAUGCACAACGUAAAAACCAGCCGCUAACAAUCAGGCGCGAAUGUCACCAAUAUAUGGAUUAAAGGCGUCAAUUUGCUAUUGUUUACAAUAAGCCAACAUGGCGGGCAACGCUCCGGCCCAAGGCUUUCAGAACAAGACUCGUGUGGCAAUUCUGGCGGAGCUGGACAAGGAGAAAAGGAGGCUUCUACAAAAUCAGUCCAUGAACAACCCAGGAGCAAACAUCCCUCUGUCCAGCAGACCGAGCUUAAAAGACGCGAGAGACAGUGCGGAGCUGCAGCACAUCGCCGCCCAGCAGAAGGCUGCCCUGCAGCACGCCCACGUCCACUCGUCGGGCUUCUUCAUCACCCAGGACUCAUCGUUUGGCAACCUCAUUCUCCCAGUUCUCCCUCGCCUGGAUCCAGACUUUUGACUCUAAUCGGUGUCAAUACAUACCGACCCUUUCCUUGUGGACCCCAGCAGCUGUUUACACAAUAGGAUAAUACUGUGUUGAUGGGCUAAAAUGCCCACCCAAGCUGCAGAAAGAGGUUUAUUAUUAGUGUUAUUACAGGUUCUGGUUGAUAUAGUUGGUUGCAUUGCGAUGCAAGUACGAGUCUGCAAUAAACUAAAUAUGAUUAGAGCAAAAUCGAAGUGGAAUUGCAAUAAAAUGUUCUUUUUUAUGCACAUGUGAUAAUGAUGGAUGCUAUGUAGAGAAGCAAUACGCACUCGUGUUUAAAUUUCACAAAGAAUCUCAACUCAAACAUUUGUGUGCUUUAAUAAAUGUACACUCACAAGUCUAAA